AUGUCAACGCGGCCAGCUUCGGACCCGGGAAAUGGGAUAUCGCACGGUACACUCACCUUUGGCCUCCUCACCCCGCAGUUGAUUGUCAAUAUCAUCCGGAAGAACUUCCCCGCCCUCCAGGAUCGAGUCCCCGCGGGGCACCCCUCGCAGACCUUGCCCCCUGGGGUUCACCCCACGGGAUGGGAUAUGACCGUCAGUCUGGAUAUUCUGUCCAAGGGCUUGCCGCAGGGGCGAUGGAAGUACAUCGAUCUCGAGACGAUGUCACGGAUACGGUGA